GACGGAACAUCCCAUCCUGUGUGCUGGACGUCUACUACACAGUGGAUGGGAUGAGGAGAAGCGGAGAUGGCCUGAAUCUCUGGCACAAGCAAGGAGUUGAGAUUCCGCUGGAGAUGAAGAAAAAUAGCCUGCAGGUUGUGGCGGAGACAUGCUCGGUGGAGACUGAGAACAACGAGCACGAGGAAGAGUGGAACACGGUGGAGGUCUGUGUGUUGGAAGGCUUCCUGGGCGCGAGCUUCAAGGAGCUGGACAAAACCAUCCAGGCAUGUUUUGCCAAAUGGCCUGGCGGCUUUUUUAGCGACCCAGUGGCCACGCAACUGCUGGAUCCGUCAGGUACGUUUGAUUGGAGGGCAAGGAUGACCUUCAUGAAGACCAAGGACGGUAAAUGGAUGCAGGUGGAGAACGUGAGCGACUACACGCAGCUGGGGAACAUGGCGUUCAGGCGGUUUGGACCUGCGGAAGAUCCUCAGAGGACCAUCACCGUUGUGGCGCCUGCGAAGAUGAAGGACUACUUCAAGGUGGACUCAGAAGUCCCGGUGGCGCCAUUCCCCACGACGCACAGAGAGCUGCAAUCAGAUGAGCUGGGUUGGUCAGACGAGGAAGUUGGAGUUGGAGACGAGAAGAUGAUGAGAGCUGGACAAGAGAUUGCGAGAAAGCUGUACCGCGAGAAGGAGCGGAAACCUGUGUCUCUGGGCAUCCCUAAGAGGCCAAGCCUGGAACAGCAGAACGAGCACAACCUCACGCACUACCCCUUUGCUGGUUGGUGCCAAGCAUGCCUCAGCACGAGAGCGAAGGAAGAAGUCCACAAGCGCGACGUCAAGAAGGACGCGGAGAGCAGCAAGACGGUGAUCAGCUUUGACUUUGGCUACACUUACGUGGACGACUACGGCAACGAGAAAAGCCCAGAGGAGGUAAAAGAUGCGGAUGAGCAAUACGGCACUGUGCUGUACAUUGCCGACCAUCACACCAAGGCAGUUCAUGCAGUGCCGGUGAUGAGAGACCCCGUGAUCUAUCAGAGCGACGGGGAAAGGUCAACAAAGCAGCUGCUUCGAGCUGUGCAACACUGCAGAGCCAAUUUGGGCUUGGAGACCGAGAUCCGCAUCUCAGGAGUGCAACAGCACGCGUCAAAUGGACAAGCGGAGAGGACUGUCCAGAGUGUGAGAAGGCUGGCAAACUGUUUGAGGUACUAUGCGGAGGAGCAAGCUCAGAUGACCACACUGGGCAACUCGCAUGUGUAUCCAUGGAGCUUCAGACAUGCUUCGUGGCUGAUCAACAGGUACCGCGUGCUGGAGAAGGAAAGAAAGACGAGCUAUGAGGUGUGGUCAGGAAGGAAGUACCAGGGGAAGAUUUGCCUGUUCGGGGAGAGUGUCAUGUACAGACACCUCACAGCAUUCAAAGGAGAGCCCAGGUUUGGUAGAGGAAUCUGGGUUGGCAAAUCCCCAUGGACCGACUGCCACAUCGUGCUCACGCCGGGCGGUGCUGUGGAGUCAAGGACUGUGCGGCUCCCAGAUCAGUUCAUUGGCACCGACCUGGUGAUUGUAAAGGGCCUGCCCUGGAACUAUUCGGAGGAGGAUUGCAGCAGCAGCUGA